GCGGUUGGGUUCUUAUGCGAAACUCGCAAUCAAAGUGCUAAAUUGAUUGUUUAAACCGCAAAUAUUAACUAUUAAAGUGUAAAUAAGAACAUCAUGUUUCGCGGCUUAGUUGCAUAUAACCGCCUGGGCAACAAGAACCUAACGUUCAAGCUCGUUGCCUGCUACUCGACUGCGGGCAAGCGCCAGGGCAAAAUCUACGAAUCGGCCAGCGAUGCGGUGGCCGACGUUAAGGAUGGCUCCAAAAUUCUCUUUGGUGGCUUCGGCAUUUGCGGCAUACCCGAAAAGAUGAUUGAGGCACUCAAGCAGAAGGGCGUCAAGAACAUUACUGGAGUGUCCAAUAAUGGAGGAGUUGACGAUUGCGGCUUGGGCGUGCUGAUUAAACAGAAACAGUUGUCCAAGGUAAUUGGUUCGUACGUGGGCGAGAAUACUGAGCUAGUGCGUCAAUACCUGGCCGGCGAGCUAGCCGUGGAACUGACGCCACAGGGCACAUUGGCGGAGAAGAUUCGCGCUGGCGGUGCGGGUAUACCCGCCUUCUUCACACCCACUGGGUAUGCCACACUGGUGCAGCAGGGCGGCGCCCCCAUCAAGUAUGACAAAAAUGGCAAAGUGAUUGAGUCGAGCGCAGCUAAGCCCGUGAAAACGUUCAAUGGCCGCAACUAUGUCAUGGAGGAGUCCAUUUUCGCUGACUUUGCCUUUGUCAAGGCUCAAAAGGCGGAUCCCCUGGGCAAUUUGAUUUUCAACAAGUCUGCGCGUAAUUUCAAUGCGCCCAUGUGCCGUGCUGCCAAGAUUACGGUCGCGGAAGUGGAGGAGAUUGUGCCUGUGGGCGCCCUCUCACCAGACGAGAUCCAUGUGCCCGGCAUCUAUGUGAAGCGCAUCUUCAAGGGCACCAACUACAACAAGCGCGUGGAGCGUCUGCGCAUCACAGAGCCGAAAGGACAAGGCCAGCCCGCGGCAGAGGUCAGUCCGGCACAAGCUUUGCGUGAACGCAUUGCUCGGCGAGUGGCUCUAGAGUUCCGCGAUGGCAUGUACGCCAAUCUGGGCAUUGGCAUUCCCGUUCUCUCCUCCAACUAUAUACCACAGGGCAUGAACGUGAUGCUGCAGUCGGAGAAUGGCAUCUUGGGAUUGGGCCCAUUCCCCACUAAGGACCAAGUCGAUCCAGAUUUGAUCAAUGCAGGCAAGGAGAGCGUUACAGUAGUGCCAGGUGCUGCCUAUUUCGGCUCCGACGAUAGCUUUGCCAUGAUUCGUGGUGGCCACGUAGACUUGACUAUUCUGGGCGCCAUGGAGGUGUCGGCAACAGGUGACUUGGCUAACUGGAUGAUACCCGGCAAGCUCGUGAAGGGCAUGGGCGGCGCUAUGGAUCUGGUGGCGGCACCUGGCACCAAGGUCAUCAUCACUAUGGAGCACAAUGCCCGCGAUGGCUCGCCUAAGAUUCUUGAGAGCUGCUCGCUGCCGUUGACCGGCAAGGGUGUCGUCGAUUUGAUCAUCUCGGAGAAGGCUGUGUUCCAGGUGGAAAAGGGCGUGGGUCUGACCCUAUUGGAGUUCGGCGAGGGCUACACCGUGGACGACAUUGCGGCCUGCACUGGCGCCAAGUUCAGCGUCUCGCCCAACGUUAAGCCCAUGGGACAGAUAUCCGUUUAGAACGCGAUUGCGAUUAGAAAGAAGGCUAUUUAGAAAUACUGUUCAGGUACUCAGGUGAUAUAUUUGUGCAUUUAUUGUUGUUAAACGUGAAACAAUAAUCGUUUGUUUUUAUUACCAUUAAAGUGUAAAAUGGUUUUACAAUUGUUGAAGCU